AUGGAGAUGUCCUACUCUUCUCCUCUCCAGCUCCCCAACACUUUUCUGUUUGAUUAUGAGUCUGUGCUGGACAAACCUCUGGGUCAUGAGCCAGCCUCAGACCCUGGUUACGUCAGCGCUGGUAGCAGCUUGUCUCCCACCUCCUCUGUGGAUUCCUCCUGCUUCUCCCCUGCCUCCGUCCAGGGAAAUGUGGGAAAUGAUCAGGAUGUUUUGGACAGCUUUCUCUUCAGCAGCCCUGUGGAGCCUCAAACUCUACUCUGUUCCUCCUCUGUGACUUCCUCUUCCACAAAAAAAUCCAGGUCCAGGUAUCCGGGUAAGAAGCGGCAAACUGCCAGUGAGAGAGAAAAGCUGAGGAUGAGGGAUCUGACCAAAGCUCUGCAUCAGCUCCGGACAUACCUCCCACCCUCUGUGGCACCAGCAGGACAGACGUUAACCAAGAUUGAGACACUGCGCCUCACCAUUCGUUACAUCUCCUACCUGUCAGCUCAGCUGGGCCUCAACGAGGAGGUGCUGGAACAAUGGAGAUCCUCAGGUAUUGAAGAGGGGGUCCAAACCCUCAGUCAGCUCCCAGGUCAGCCAGCCGCCAGCUGCACUCCACAGGAAUCAAGCUGUGAUGCUGUGAGCAAGGAGGUGCUGUCGUCUCUGCAGCAUUCAUAUCAGGUUUCAAGCUUUUGUCUCAACAGUGAGCAGCACUGGAUGCACCAGCAACAACCCCAAACUUUUACCUUCUCUGGACAAUGUUGA